AGAAGGAGAGGUUAUUUCACCUUCGGCUUCUGUUACUUCAACCACCUUUGGGUUAGCUGUAGAGUAUUCGUUGUAACGGAGUGGUAUAUAUGGCGAGAAGAAAAAGCAUGUACCGUAUUGUUUAUUGUAUAUUAAUAUUGCUAUUGGAACAAAAUAGAAUUGAAACUCUCGACAGUAAAUCACAACGGAUCAAUACUACGAACCUUACAGUGGACGAUUACUACAAACAACUCAAGUUAAUAAACAUAGUACGGAAGCUUCCAAAUAUUAAGAAUUUCCAACAAAAACAGCAAACGAUCUGCUCGGGGAUUUGCACCACAAAUCAAGUUAACCUACAAAGGGAUAAUGCUACUCGUUUAAGGCAAAAUGCACGGAAAAUCAUUGUUUAUCAAGAUUGUAAAGCAAUGUAUGAUGCGGGUUACGUAGAAAGUGGCGUGUACCCAAUCUGGAUCUACCAGUUGUACAAGUUCACCCACGUUUAUUGCGAUAUGGACGUUCAAGCAGUGGGUGAUAAAAACGGAUGGAUUACAAUACAAAAGAGAGUCAAUGGAGCUAUUAACUUUGACAGGGGAUGGCAAAAUUAUGUUGACGGAUUUGGUAAUGUUUAUGGGGAAUACUGGAUUGGUUUGGAGCAUAUCCAUGCUUUAACCUACCAAAAUACAACCACCGAUCAGUUUGGAAGUUAUGUUACUCCACCGCGGAUGCGGAUAGACUUUGUUGACCAGGACGGAGUUACUGCAUAUGCUGAAUAUAGAGUAUUCGUUGUAUCGGGGGCGAAGCAGAAAUACCGACUAAUAGCUGCACAUCUUGAUCAAGCAACAGCUAUACCUCCUAAUGGUUCUUCUCCGAUUUAUAGAGUUUGGUUUAGUAUAUACGACAACAACUAUGUGUUUUCAAACUGCCCCGAAAAACUUCAUGGAGGCUGGUGGUUUUCAGGUUGUCCUAGAUCAAACUUGAACGGGUUAUAUCCAACCCAAGGUGAGAAAAAUUCGCCUUCCAAUAUUUACUGGUAUGACUGGUACACGGUGAACGAAAAUAAUACAGCAUUUAAGUCCGUCUCUAUGAAAUUUCAGUAUUAAAUCAUGAAGAAAACGGGAAUGGAAUAAUUACUAUUUACUGCCCAUGUUACACAACCGAAUACGAUAAUAAUGCAUUUAAUCGUGUUGGUCAGUAUGGUGAUUUGGGACAUUUUAGUAUAUUUAAUUUAGUUUUUCUUUGGUAUUCCAGCCGAUAUCGUACUUACCUGGGUUAACAAAGAUUAGAUUGUAAAAAACCAUUAACAGCGUACGAAUUAUCCACUUCAUUUCCAAAAGCAGGCUUUACUUGUUAAUUGAUCUUUGUUGUGACGUUGCUGGAAAAUGUUGUUCUGUAGUGAAACGUUUUCUCUGUAAAUAUAAAAGAUAUAAACAAACAAAGAUAA